CUUCUUACAUGUAGUGAGAGGGCAACCUGCUUCAAAGAAGGGAGUCUGAUUGUGAAGUUGGAGACAUCUCACCCUCCACAUCCAUCUUUAUGAACCCAGUCUUUACAGAAUCUGCAAACCAAAGAGGAAUGUCUCAGGUGCCUGUGAGAGUACAGACUGAACAAGACUACAGCAGCAGUAUUGUGAAAGGAGACCACCAGGUCAAGUCAAGUCAUACAUUUUUGUAAUGAGACUUUAACCUUAAAUUUUUUUUUUCUUUUACUCUUCAGAUAUCUAAUUGUUAGACUGAUGAAAAUUCUUUAAUUAAAAAAGAGAAUAUUUAAUUAUGAUAGAUUUAUCUCUAUUCAGUGAUGAUAACCUGUAUGGACUUUACCCAUGUUAUAUAUAUAUAUACCUUUACUGAUCAGUGUGUGAUUGGCCGCUCUCCCCUUCCUCCAUACUGCUUGUCAUUCAUAAGAUUCAGCGGAGUUUCUUGGUGCUCUAAGAAGAGGAGGGGCUCUCCUCUCCAGUCUUGCACCUCACGCUGUGAAAUAUUCACUUGCAUGCUCCCUACACCAGCCAGUCUACCAAUAAACAGCCUCUGACAGUGCGAUUGGCAGCGGCAGCAGGAGUAACAGCCUGUCAGCCACAAUAUUUUUUCUGGACGACGAGAGGUGAUGGUAGUGUGUUCCCGGUGCUGCGAGCUUCAUUCCCGGAACGGACACUUCGCAUCCCGGUGUGGUUUUAGGUGCACUGGGUGUCAGAGCGUAGCAUCCAGCCAACCUCUCUCACUGCGCACGGAUUUCAGUGGCUCUGACUGGUUUCUACCCCGCAUCCGCAUUGAGAAAUGAUGGGGCAUCCAGCCUAGGCUUAUCAUUUCCCUUUGCUGUUAUGUGUGAUUGUUACACCAUGUUUUUUCCUAAUUUAUCAGACAUAUUUACUGACAAAACAUCUCAUUGCAGGCAGCUGGGUGCAUUGCCUACCUGUGUCCGUUUUACAUCUUCAUUGACAUCUCUUCUGCACAUAAUCUGUGAUCUGUAGAAUUUUUUUUUUUCCUAUUUUGCAAGGCAUCAUCAUCAUCAUCAUCAACCCCACAAGCAGCACAACAGUUCAGAAAUGCCUCUUCGGUGCUGGCUGCUGACAUCCCGCCAGCGUUCUUAAAAAAAAAAAAAACCGUCAGGAUCACGGGGGUGAACCGACAUGGAUAGUGGGAGCCGGGCUGCGACGGUCGGGGACGGUGCAGCCAAUUUCACAGCAGCCCACCUCUGGCUGGAUCUCCUGAACUCUUCGAGCCCGCCGACCCGGUGGGACAGCAGCCCACCUGUCGAGGGGACCGGGCUGGACGAGCAGCAGCGCCUCAUCCAAGAGCAAGCCUACCAGGACUUCACCACCACCAUUCAGGUUUUCAUCCUCAUAGGUUCGCUGCUCGGAAAUGCCACAGUGUUGUGGUGCACCUGCUGCACAAAUGUCUUCAAAUCCGUGACCAACCGCUUCAUCAAGAAUCUGGCGUGCUCGGGCAUCUGUGCCGGCCUGGUGUGCGUGCCCUUCGAUGUGGCGCUCGGAGCCAGCCCUCGCUGCUGCUGGUGGCUCCACACUCUGCUGCUCUGCAAGGCCAUCAAGUUCCUGCAUAAACUCUUCUGCUCCGUCACCGUGCUCAGUUUCAGCGCCAUCGCGCUCGACAGAUACUACUCCGUACUGUACCCAUUAGAGAGGAAGAUCUCGGAUGCAAGAUCCAGAGAUCUGGUCAUCUAUAUCUGGGUCCAUGCGGUGGUGGCGAGCGUCCCCGUGUUGGCUGUGACCAACGUGACGGACGUGUACGUCACCUCAUCCUGCUCAGAUGACAACGCCCACUCCCUGGGCCACAUGGUGUAUGUGCUGAUCUACAACAUCACCACAGUGAUCCUCCCUCUCGCCCUGGUCUUCCUGUUCAUGCUGCUGAUCCGCAGAGCGCUCAGCGCCAGCCAGAAGAAGAAGGUGAUCAUCGCGGCGCUGCGGACUCCACAGAACAGCAUCUCCAUCCCGUACGUGUCCCAGCGAGAGGCCGAGCUGCACGCCACUCUGCUGGCUGUGGUGCUGGCUUUCUCCGCCUGCAGCGCCCCCUAUGGGGCCUUGGUGGUUUAUCGCACCAUUUUGGCGGACACCAAGGAGCUGCCCAUCUCACUGUAUCUCACAGCCCUGUGGCUCCCCAAGGUGUCCCUGCUCACCAAUCCACUCUUGUUUCUGACUGUUAACCGCUCAGCGCGUCAUAGCUGGCUGGAACUGCUGGCCAGGAUUCACAGACGUUACAGCCGCCGUAACGUGGUCAGCACCGGGGGCCUGGCCUCUUUAGGAGCAGAGGGGGUGAUCGGAGAGCCGGUGGGACUGGAGACAGCCGGCCGCUCCGGGAGCCAGCUUCUGGAGAUGUUCAACAUUGGCCAGCAGCAUAUCUUCAGACCCUCUGAAGAGGAGGAGGAAGAGGAGGAGGUGGAGAAUGAGAUCCCUUCUCAAGUAACAGGAGCCUGCUCUGGGCCAAAAGAGGAUCUAAAGGGCAGGUCAAGACUAGGGAGCCUCAGAGAGGACGUGAUCCCCAAAAAGGACCCUCUGCAGGGCUCAGGGGGAGGACUGGUCAUCACCAAAGAGGGCCCUCCUGCAAUCAUAGCUCCCCGGGCCUCUCCGGUCCACACAUGCGCUUAUGCCUCUUCAUCACAGGUGGCGCCAGCUACGCCUACAGAAGCUGAGGACUCCACACAGUUUGGUUUUGGACCAUUUGAGCUCCCGCCUCAGUGGUUACCAGAGACCAGGAACAGCAAGAAGAGGCUGCUGCCUCCACUGGGUAACACACCAGAGGAGCUGAUCCAGACCAAACUGCCCAGGCCCCGGCCUGAACGGAGAAUCAGCAGAAACAAUAAGGUCAGCACCAUUCCCACUGUGGACCAGUGAAGUAAUCCUGCUGGCCUGUGAUCUGCAACUCUGGACAGAGCUCAUUACAGGAUAUUGAUGUGUCAAGCUGCUCGGUGAGAUGCUUGGUUUCUUUUGGGUAAUUUAAACCUUCUGACUUGUUUUUUUUUUUUCUGAUGAUCUCAGAUGCAGUAGUAGCUGUUGUAGAAAUCCAGGUUUUCCACUUUACCGCUCAAAACCUGCACGCCUGAGGCUCUGCAGUUUUCUCGUUGGACGAAAAUCAAUUUGAUAUCAAAUAUUUACAGUUCUGUGAGAAAUAAGUCUGCUCAGUCCAACUUAACUCCCACGUGGACAGAUCCAGUUCUGUAAUUAAGGAUUUCUACAAUGACUAGGUGACUGAGAGGGUAGAUACCCUUAUGAACCUGCCUUUUGUUUUGUUUUGUUUUUUAUUAGAGCUUUCAUCAGUAGUUAAAUGAAGACACUGUACAAAUCCAAUUAUCCUGAGAGAUGCACUGAUACUGGACAAUAUAUUUCCAUAGCAAAUAAUUAAAUGGUUAUGCCGUGAUUGCACUCUGUCAAUGAAAACAUCUCAGUGUCCAUGUCUGACAAGUUUUACUUCAGUGUUUGGGAUUGACUCGCCCUUUGCCUUUUUUCACCCCCCACUCAUUCUGUCCCCACUUUUGGAAUAUUCACGUUUCUUCUAAUGAGGUAGAUGUUGUUCUCAUUUGUAUUUUAAAUGUAAGUGGAUUUGAUAAGAUGAAAAAUGCAGAUGUACAGUAUGCAAACAUAUGUUAUAAAAAUGUGCCAUUUUCAGAGAUUAACUGUGUGUUCAGACUUCGUUUUGAAAAUUGGAGAGGAUAUUACACGUAUGGAAGAAUAUUACAUGUAUGUUUUUACAUUUUAAAAAAAAAGGAAGACAAGAAAAUCAUUCAGGUCGAUGAUCUUUUAGUCCCCUUUGAUUAAUUCCAUUGAUCCCUCCCAGGUUUCCUGAAAAUCAAUUGCCCAUUCAAUUAGUAAAAUAAAGCAAAUAAGAGCAGAGAUACAAGCUCACAUGUCCUAUCAUCAGGAGCUCAGUGAAAUGAUUUUCAGUUUCAUAUUUCUGACUCUGACACCGCCUGCUCUGUCUUCUGUGUGAUGCAUAAUUCAAUAAUAGCAACCUCAACCUGAAGCCUUGGCUGAGGUAAACAGAGCUGGGCUGCACUUCAAAUAUUUGUCAAGCCGUAACUCCCUUUGGGGCUACCCACAAUCCCCUGCUAUGUCCACAAAGUACCUGAAUCUAUGCCGCGUCCUACCCAUGCUGUUAUCAGGGGAAAUUGUGCAGUCACGCCUGACUGGAAACAAUAGCCACUGCUACUACAGAAAAUUGGGAAAGACAAGAGUAAUGUGUUUAUCCUUAUACAUCUGUUGCAGCGAUGACUGUAUUAGUGAUUGUA